AUGGACCUCGUGCAUCACUUAUACCGACUCAUCGCCGGUGGCCAGCUGUUCUUUGCUCCUAUCAGCGACAAUCCACAGCGCGUCCUCGAUCUCGGUACCGGUACUGGGAUCUGGGCAAUGGAUUUUGCAGAGACACCUCCAAACUGCUCAUUCGAAGUUGACGAUUACGAAGAUGAGUGGCUUUACCGUAGGCCGUUCGAUUUCAUCCAUGGACGGGAGUUGGAGGGAUGUAUCGCAAAUGACGACAAAUUACUUGAGAGAGCAUUUCAACAUCUGGCUCCUGGCGGAUAUAUCGAGCUUCAAGCUACCUCUGCGCGAUUCACAUCUGAAGACGGGACUCAUGAGAAGGCAACGAACACGACCAUCUGGCUAGAUGCUCUCUUCGAAGGUGCAGCCAAGUUCGGGAAGCCAUUGGAUAUUGCACCCAAAUGGAAAAACAAAGUCGAGGCUACAGGAUUUGUAGAUGUGCAAGAGAGAAUUCUUAAGUUACCGGUUGGUACUUGGCCCAAGGACGCGAAGCUCAAGGAAGUGGGGAGCCUUCAGUAUUACCAGCAGCUUCAGGCUGUGGAUUCAUAUACGCCAGGAAUGAUUGCCCGGGUGCUUGGCUGGAGUGAUCCCGAAGUCCAAGUACUGAUGGCAAAGGUGAAGAGCGAACUGAAGGACCCGACAAUCCAUUUAUACCUUCCUGUCCAUUUUGUUUGGGGAAGAAAGCCUGAAUAG